AUUUUGCUUUACCGGAACAAAAGACGAAAGAAAAUAGCAAAGAAAAAAGUGCAAUAAUAUUACCAUCCACUACCACCCCAUAUUUCGAGUUGUAGUUUUGUACCUAUCGAACAAUGAAAAGAACAACUCCACCGUGUCGCUCUGUAUUUUCACUGCUGAGAAGUGGGUUUACCAGGGAGUGGUGGCGGAUAUCCUCCCUUCCGUACUCCCAAACUUUGCGCAAAACUCUUGAACACCCCGUGCGCUAUAUGGCAGCCAGCCAGUCAGCCAGCCAGCCAAGUUAUUUCUGCUGUGUGAGUGCUCAGAAAGAUACACAAACACAACACGGUCGGAGGCCGCACAGGACAGCAUAGAAUGAGCAACGGUUCAGCCAACUGCAUGCCGUAAUAAUUGGGAAGGAGGAAUCUAUGCUCUGUUUGUGCCUCCGUGAGGGUCUCCACUACCAACGCAGAAAACUUACUACGAACGGGCUAGCAGACAACAACCACAAACCCGUCGGACACGGUAGGGAGCAAAAAAUCUUUCAACAACAUUUUAGUUGCUGUAUCACUCUCCACAGGAGAGGAACGUCUUUAUGUUUUGCGCGCGGUAUUCAGACAUUUGUUUCGUUUCGUCGCGAUCAUCAGACCGGAAGGCUCGACGAACAGCAGAGGUUCAGUGUGCGCAAAAAGGACUAUAGUGACAGUAAGAAACAAAAAGAGCAGCUUGCGAAGGCUGCGCCGAGGGUUGGUAUUUAGAGCAUAAAAAGAAUUUUUCUACUUUUUUUGCGAUAAACUUUCAUUGAAUGGGUCUUCGGGACGCGUGAAGUGAAGUGGUAUCGAGAAAAAGGACCUGGAGGACCCAAAACUUUGCUAGCAUACAAAGGGGACGAUUUCAAUACAGCACAAGUAAGAAUAAGAUUCAAAUUACAAGGAUUUUUUUGUGAGCGAUUUUCUUGAAAGAUCGAACAUUGAAUGCCAAAAGCGAAAAGCGGUAGUGGUAAAGUAGGAAAGAAUUUCUUCAAUUCGAACAAGUUGGUGGAAAACACUGAGGUGACGGGGAAAAAGGAAGCAGGAAGAGAUUACGCGCAGAAACGAAAUAAAUAACCAAGUGGUGUAAAGUGUGAUAAAGCUCGCGGAUUAAGGUGAAAAGUCAGUGGUUCGACAUAAGCUCACAGUCGGAAAACGUUGCGCAAUACCAACGGUAAUAAUUCCUGGUUCGCGAGUACUUAGUGUUUUAGUCAAUUAGAAAAAACGGAGGAACCUGACAUAACAGCGAAAAGCCGAUGAUGGAAAACGUUCACUUGCUAUAGUGGAGAAGGUGAGAAAAAGCCGGAUUUCUGGGAAAAAUACCCCUUUUCCGAACUAGUGAUAAAACAUAAACAAGUCAAUUGUGGGUAAACGGUGGAAAAAGGCUGUUGUUAUUAGUGGUAAUUGAUGCAGUUUGUAGUUGGUUCGGACUAAGUCGCGAAAUCGGUUACAUCCGGACAGUUUGACAGGUGCAUUCCGUUGGUUGACUGUCGCCGUGAUUCAAUGUCGAAUGAAACUUGUGAAGCCGACGGAGGCACGGAAUUUUUUUUGCCAGUGCUGAGCAGUUGUUAAUGGAUUGUAUUAAUGUUGAAAUUGAGGGUGGAUAACUGGGACGACUGCAAGCGGACGACGAGCAAGAUUAACAGAGAUAGAGCCGAACAGUAAAGUGUGGCCGUUGCAGGAACAUUGCAAAAUAAACUGUCCUGUCGAAAGUGUCGCGAUGAAAGGUGUCCGCGUUCAGCAUCGUGACACAAUAUAGUGCAGCAAAACAUAAGUCAAGCAACAAAGCAACAACAUCCGAAUGGUGCAUCCAAAUUAAUGGCACAAUAAAAAACUAAUAAUUGCAAUUAAACUUUCGAGCAAUUAAUAUUGCGCCCUGGCGCUUCGCUGCGGUUAAGUUUAGUGAAAAAAAGGACACCAAUUAGCGUUCAUGCGUGUUGAAAACAAUACACGUAAUUGGUCAAAUAACAGUGAAAAAUGAUAUACACCGGGUGACCGAUGCGUGUUGCCGGCAGGAUAUGACCAUUUGUAGUGAAAAUUAUAGAAAUGUAAAUAGCACAACUUAGCAGCAAUUAAGUACAUUGAUCUGAGUAGCCUGUUAACGUUUGUUGCAAUAGUACAGUGCAUACGAGCACUGCAGUGAAUGCAAAAAAAUGAUUAACUCUUCGCAACGUGCACGUAAUUGAUAGCGAUGUUAAUUUGACCACGAUUAAAACAUUGACGAGCAGAGUUCCGACGGGUGAAUUGUGCGCAAUCGCACGACAACAUACGGGUCAUUCUGUGGACGCAUUAGCUUGACUCACUGGGGACUGUCAGUCUGCAAACAUCAGUGCUACAUCAUCCGGUCAGUAGUUCCGACGGCUGCCGCAAACGUUGUCCAUUCUAGAGUCCCGAUCUCUACAUUCCAGAUCGGUUGAGGUUUGUCCGUUCAGUGCUUGUGUGAGUCCCAUGAAGUGGUUAUAAAUCUUGAAUGAUAUAUCAUCAGCGUUUCGUCGACUCUUGGAAAUCUCGGCCACAAAAAUCAGGCGAAACGCACAUAGUGAGUAAUUGUGGGACAUAAAAUUUGGAUGUUUUCGCAGUUUCCUCUGCCACAGACCUAAUCGAUCUUCGAAUGCGGAAAGAAGUGACCCAGACGUUGUCCGAAGAAAUCCACGAAAAAAUGACGUAAAACAGUUGCCUCGAAAAAAUGAUCAACCGAUGCCAAUCCGAAAUCAGCGAAUGGAUGAGAGAGUCUCAGAGCUGAAUAAAAAAAAAUACAGAUCAAGUGAAGUGAACGGUCCUUUGAUAUCUCGCGACUAGUCAGAACGAUCAGAAGUUAAACCUGCUGCGCGGCUGCUGCUGUCGGCAAAGGAGUAACAGUGUAUGUGUGCGUGCAAUUGCCGAGUGCCAGCUCUUGAUGUGUAAAAUCAUAUGAAAUGGUGACAUUAAUGCCUUGUAGUUACAUAUCGGCCCCUCGGAUCUCCAUCAUUGAUAAAAUGAUAGAGAUAGAACCAAAGGGUAAAAGAUCACGUACAGAAGGACCAGAUCUAACGGAUAGGAGUCGAAACUACAACACCGCGUCAGUAUCAAGUCUGAGUUCAGGAGCUUCGGCUGACAGCUGCUUGCCUCCGAGCGGAUCCACACUACACUAUCCUUCGGUUUCGCAUACAGCGGGAUCAUACUCCCUGUUGAACAACAACUACAGAACACUAAGCGGAUCUUCCUCUAUCUCAAAUGCAGCUCAUAACGGUGUGAAUCUUCCGUACGGAUCCGCUGCAAAUCACGGUUCGAGUUCAGGAGGAACUAUUGUUUCGAGGCUAAACGGAGGUGCAACCUCUACAAUUACCUCAGGUGGCAGCAGUAGUACUGGAAUUACAAGUAGCACCUUGGAUGGCUUGUCGUCAUCAAGUGGUCUCAAUAGCAGUGGUGUCAGCUUAAGCGGAAGUGCAUCCAGCGCGGCUCUUGGCUCUACAGAGCUGGGGAUGUCACACUGGCUUACCGACGGUACAGUCAAGUCCGAAAUCCGUAGCCCUGGGUUAGACGCGUCCUUAUCUUCCGGAAACCUUCCCGUCGGAUCUACGCAUCUUGAUAGUUCAUUGUUUUGUGCGAAUCCAAACAACCUGGACGCUCUUCAGAACACUGCCAAUUCUUACGAGAAAUCGGAGUACUACUCGUACACGUACAACAUGCAACAAUACGCACCAUUCACCUAUUCGUCGUACGGAUCUCCGUAUCAGACGAGAACAUCAUCGAAAAUACCCUCGCCAAAUACAUAUCUUCCGUCCAGUUAUGCGGCAGCUGCUGCGAAUAACAAUUCGGCACAAAUCUACUCAUCCUAUGGUUACAACAAUUUCGCACAGUUCGGAACCAGUCAGCAGGACUACUACAACUACAAUGACCCGACGUAUUCACCGUACUAUCAGACGGCCACCUAUCCACCGUACGUCAGCUCACCGGGUUCUAGUGGGAGUCAGAGCUUUCACGUUGCCGCUGGGCUGUCGGCAGAGAGUCCCUCGGAGGGUCAUUCUGCAGCGACACCCACUAUGUUGGCGCAUUCGCACUCUCCACAAUCACCACUGUCAAUCUCACCCACCAUCCAGGCCGGCUCGGCAGCUGCAGCCGUGGCAGCGGCAGCAGCGGCCGCGGCAUCCAAAACAACACCUACCGGAAAGCCGGGACGGGCGCGUGGUCGACGGCAUGCACAUCCUAGUCCAACGAGAAGUUCAACGUCCGAACCGGGCGUGACGGAGAAAGCACCAGAACGAAUCUUCGUGUGGGAUUUGGAUGAAACAAUCAUCAUUUUCCACUCACUCCUGACGGGGACCUACGCGGCCAAGUAUAAUAAGAGUCGAGAUCACCACAUGCAGCUUGGCUACCGGAUGGAGGAACUUAUCUUCAACAUGGCCGACGCGUUUUUCUUCUUCAACGAUUUGGAAGAGUGCGACCAGGUACAUAUCGACGACGUAUCGUCCGAUGACAACGGGCAGGAUCUAAGCAAUUACAAUUUCUCCGCUGAUGGUUUCCAUACCGGAACGGCCCAAGGAGCUCCACCUAAUAUUUGCCUUCCUAAUGGCGUUCGCGGGGGCGUUGACUGGAUGCGAAAGCUGGCGUUCCGCUAUCGGAAAAUUAAGGACACCUACAACACCUACCGAAAUAACGUGGGCGGUUUAUUGGGACCUCAGAAGCGAGAACACUGGUUGCAAGUCCGGUCGGACGUCGACUUCGAAACGGACAGCUGGCACAGUUUAACGUUGAAAUGUUUGAACAUGAUUGCCCAGAGGGAGAACUGCGUCAAUGUGCUGGUAACGACUACGCAGCUUGUUCCGGCGUUGGCCAAAGUGCUGCUCUAUGGUCUAGGGCAGAUUUUUCCAAUAGAGAAUAUUUAUAGUGCAAAUAAAAUAGGUAAAGAAUCCUGCUUCGAACGUAUCGUGACGCGGUUUGGUCGCAAAAGCACGUACGUUGUUGUGGGCGAUGGUCAGGACGAGGAAAGCGCUGCCAAAAAUCUUAACUUCCCCUUCUGGCGGAUAUCCAGCCAUAGUGAUAUUCGGUCACUGCACACCGCUCUUGAAAUGGGAUUCUUAUGAAGAUGUUCAGCGCUGUCAACCGUCGUCAUCCUCGUUUUGUUGAAGUUGCGGCUCGAGUCCAACUUCGUUCUACUGUGAAUGCGUUAGAGAGUUUCUAGAGAAAUUGAGCAGUUUAGCUUUAUCAUAGUAAAAGAAAAACAUAAAAAGACAUCAUUUACACUUCAAGGUAGCAUCUAAGUUGUGUAAAUUGCAAAAGAGUCACAUUUCAGAAGUAUAAUCGAAACAAAUCAAUUUACAAUUAUUGGUGAUUACCGCACAGCCAUUUAGUUAUCCAUGUCACCAAAAAGGCUGGAAGCAUGUCUCUGUAGUAUUCUACUCGUUGGUUUGUAAUAUAUUUAGGAAUAAAAAAAUCAGUUUUAAACAAAUUGCAUUGAUCAAUGCUCAAAAAACGUACCCCGUUAAAAUAUUUCCCAGUGGUAUAAAAAACUCAGCUGUGCAAAGCGGAGAGAUGUGAGUUAUAUUGACAUAAUUCCUAGCUAGAAAGUUCCGAUGUGCUUCACUGUAUCAAAACUGUACAUAUACAAGCGAUUAAAUAAGUUCAGAUGGUUUACUAUCAUACGCAUUUUAAAUUUUGAGACAGUCAACUUUUUGUUGACACAGCAAAUUAGAGAUAGCUUAACCUGCUUCUUAUUAUGAUCAGCCAUUCGGAGUACUUGUUCAAUACAGCAGAACAGAGGUGAAACAUUGUCCAGUUAUCAAUCGACAAGUAUCCCAUACGUGAAAUAGUUGUUUCGAAGAAUUUCUUGAAGGAAACUCCUUCAAUGGCUGAGCGAAAGGAAACCCGUUAAAUGGAGCAUGUCGUACGCUAGUUCCAGUAAUGCAAUUCAAAUAUCAGUGAUUAUCCGAACUAGUAUUUGUCACAAGAAUCAUAUUAUUCAAAUCAAUAUAUAUCAUCUGUAAGUAAGAAAUGUGAAUUUUACAACUAUUCAUUGUGUUAUAGCGAGUAAGGAUAUUUGUACAUAGAAACAAAUGAUAUAAACAUAAAAUCAAAAUAUAAGUAAUAGCAUCCAUAAAAAUUAUUACGAAAUGACACUGUAUAGUAUGCAGAAACAGUUUUUAUAAGUCAAUCAUAAACAAUAAAAGAAACCAAAAUAUAACAAAUAAAUCAAA